AUCGGCUAUGGCUAAUAUGUCUGAAGCUAUAGCUAAAUCUGUGUCAGUGGCCAUUGCUAACACCAUGGCUCCUAAAAAAGCUGAUAUACAAAUGUUCAGUCAGACCCCCCAAGUGGGAGAUAAUGUGAAAGAUGGAGUUAAAUCAGGCAAGGCCCUUCAGAAAAGGCGCCAUUGUGACGGUCAUGCUCUCCGUAACUCGGAGGAUUCAAAACUUAGAUAUUUCCAAUCUAUGCAAGACCAAGACCAUAAUGACUCGCUCCAGCCUAUGAGCAGCAUACAUACAUGUGUUGCUAAAUCACACAUAAGACCCUCUCAGGAGGAAGAAUUAAUUAGGCCUAAAAGGCCAAGAAUGAAACCUGACUCCUUUCACAGUACUUCCAGUAGUGAGUCAGAUGACUCUUAUGUAGACAAAACCUCCAAAUUACAAGACACUGCUUCAGAUUCUGAUGGCUCUGACAGCGAUUAUGACCCCGAUAAAAGGGAAGUUGACACCGAUAUUUCUUCCCUAAGGGAUGAAGCUGGUGACCUAAUGUUUGACCCAGAUACUCUCCGCCAUCCUCGCUCUCUGGCUUGGAAGCCAGAUGCACAUAUUACAAAAUACUUAACAGCGUGGAUACGCAAACCUAUGGAGAGAAAUACCAGAAAUAAAUUAAGGGCUGAAUGCCCUAGACCCUUAUUGGAGGACAAAUUGGAGCAGACCCCUAUCAUUGAUGCUCCUAUUGUUCAAUAUUUAUCUAAAACUGGUAAAGACCCCAGAAAGGGUAUUGACCGUUCUCUUAGAAGUUGUCAGGAUAAACUCCUGGACAUAUUAGGCCCUCUGACUAAAAUAUUUGAGUUAGUGGAACAGGCUAGACUUUCUCAUUCUGCUCUAGAUGCAGAUAUUUUAAGUGGCUGGAUUCAGAGAGCCAUUUGUCUUUUUGGUAACGCUAAUUCGGCUUUAUCCAGUGAAAGAAGACGAUCCCUCUUACUCAGAUUGGAUCCUCAAUUGUCAUCAUUGUCAACUAAGGAACCUGGUCCGUCAGCCCAGGGUAACCUUUUUGGAGACUCUUUUGUGAAAGAGUUAGGGAAAUUCGUUAAUACAUUUACAUCAUUUGAUAAAGCAAAGUCAUCUCUUAAAAGAGUGUUUUCCCAGAAGGUUUUUGACAGGGCUGGUAAAGGAAGGAACCGCUUUGCCGGCCGAUCCAUGUCUUCCCACAAUGUGGGCAGAGGUUCCAGAAACUAUUGGCAAUCCCAACAUCAACAAGAACCACGGGAGAGAAAUACAUUUCUCCAAUCUAGAGGAAUUUCCUGGAGACAGAGAGGUGGUAGACGGUGGCAAAAGCCUAGAUCUUUUUCAGGUUAAAUUUGCCGCAUUUGCCUUCAGCACCGCAGAGGACGACUUGUUCUUCUGGCAUCUGGGGGCUCCUGUUGUCACCGUUCCGGCUGUUAUUUGCCUUCCUGACAAAGAAUGUGGUUGUGGCCCGACGAUCUUCAGUUUCCACUUUCCGAACCUUUAAGAUGCAGACGUUCAAAUUUGGGGACUAUGUUACGGCAAGAUCAGCUAAGAAAGAGGAUUUGGCAGUUACUCAGGGUCCUUAUAUAUACUCUGCUGUUGUGCUAUUGGUGUGAUGUUCAGUUUUCUGUUAACUGUUUCAGUGCUGUAAUAUUUUCUUUGCUGCUAUUUGGGAGUAGUAAAGAGAGAUUUGCAUAA